GUUUGGUGGUGGGGAGCCGAGCGAUGCCGCACGGGAUUUGUAUUAUUGGACUUUUCGCAAGGAAUCCCCUGAGAACAAAUGGUGAACAUCCCCAAGGAACGCCGUACCUUUUGCAAGGGCAAGAAGUGCCGCAAGCACACCGUGCACAAGGUGACCCAGUACAAGGCCGGCAAGGCCUCCAAGUACGCCCAAGGUGCUCGUCGUUAUAACGAAAAGCAACAAGGUUUCGGUGGUCAAACCAAGCCCGUGUUCCACAAGAAGGCCAAGACCACCAAGAAGAUCACGUUGCGCAUGGAAUGCAAGGAGUGCAAGGCCAAGAAGCAGCUCCCCAUCAAGCGCACCAAGCACUUCGAAUUGGGUGAAAAGAAGAAGUCGUCGGGCCAUCAAUACUAAGCGUGUUGCCGCCGUGCUUGGUGGUGGUGGUGUUGUUCCUACUGCCUCGACCUGCCGCCUUUUCUCUUCCGUCGUCUCCCUCUGUCGUGCUUUGGCGGCAUCUUGUCGUUGAAUCUCCAAGGAGGGUGUUGAACAUGCGAGUCCAAUAAACCUUAAUCUUUCACGAUUACUUGCGCA